AUGAGUAAUUUUUUUGUGGAAAGCGAAGAAGGUAUAUUUGUAGAAAAAGAGGAGGCCGUGCUUGAAGAAACGGAAAAUGCAAAUAAGAAAAGCAAAAGUGUAGAACUUGAGAAAAACGGAAUUAUAGAGUUUGAGGAAAAUGAUGAUAAGGCCACGCUUGAAGAAUAUGAAGAGGCCACGCUUGAAGAAAAUGAAGAGGCCACACUUAAAUUUUAUACGUCUCAAUCUUUAACCACUAAUGAAAGACAUGUACUUCUCUUCAAUAUUGGUGAACCAUUUGAAGUUUCAAUGCGUGAUUUUGAUAAUGAAUGGUGGCCGCUUGUUUCAAAUAUUUGGACCAGGUUUAGCUACAAAAAUCAUAAUAAUG